AUGUUCACGAGUCGGGCAGAGCUCCUGGAUAAAAACGAGACGACCGCUCAGCAUGAGCGUUCUCAGCGUGAGGAAGCUGAGAAAGUGGAGCGCGACAGAAGGAAUACACAUCCAAGAGAAGGGGGGUUGUUCCGGGGUACAUUCAAUAAGCCAAUCCGUCAGGCGCCCAUCAUCGAUGUUGAAGAUAAUGUCAUUCGCUGUCCACGCUGUUCCUGGGAACUUGAAGAUGAUGCCGGCUGCGCACAAUGUGGAUACCUUCGGGAUGAUCAAUCAGUAUCGGACGCUUCCGAUUCGGUGACGGGUUGGACCGAAGAGGACGAGAACUCUGAGAUGACUGAUUACUACGAUGACGAAGUUGAAGUCGGGUUUGGCGGUGGCUACCGCAAUGGCUGGGAUCUCGAUCAACUUUUCCACCAUUUAACUCCCGCGCUCCGGGACCAAAUUCAACGCCUCCCUUCCGUCGACUCAGCAAGCCUUGACUACUCGGAGAUCGACGACUAUGAUGACGCGGAUGAGGAUGCCGACAUGGAUUCUUUUAUUGAUGAUGACGACGAACAUACCGGCCGCGAUUAUGUCUCUGAUUCAGAUAUAUCUACCGUCGUCGGUGGUCCGGACCGCAAUGGAGCGCACUACGACGUGUCACAGUUGGACACUGACGCUUCAAUGACACACACUAGUGAUGAUGAGGAUGGCUUGAACGACCUUACGCCAACUGGAUCCAGCGUCCUGGACCACGACGAGCAAGAUGGACAUGACGACGACGACGAUGAUGACGAUGAUGAGCCUGUACGGCCGCCCGUCAACGCGAACCGCCGUCGUCCCGAACCCUCGUACGAUGAAGUAGUGAUAUCAGUGAGACAUGGGUCGUCAUCCCCGCGUGUUUUUACCUCGAGGACUUCCCACUUGGCUCGUCGCGGCACCUCAUCUCAUGGGAAUCAAGCGUCUACUGCGGGAUCAUCGGCCUAUAAUGCGAUUAGCGUCGAAGAUGAUUCCGACGAGGGCCCCGUUGGACCGUCACGGCGGGCACGAAACAGAAGAGGUUGCAGGGUCCAUGCCUACUGA